UCCCGCCGCAGCUCAUCCUUGGCAAGCGCGAGACUUCUGAUUCCAGAUCAGCUGCAGCAACAGCGCCUCGUGAUGGGCGUGUCCUGCGCGCCGCGGCUCCGCCCCCUGCUGGCGUCACCACAGCUGCUAGCUCGUCGGUUAGCGUGCUAACAGCGCUCAGCAGUGAUGAGACAGAGACAGGAUGAGACAGCAAACCUGCGAAUGAAGCCAUUUCACCAUCUCCGCUCAGGCCUGAGAGCAGAAAGCGCGACUCGAGGGAUUUAAACCGCGUUUGAGUCAAUAAUCAUUCAGAUCAAGAGUUCGGAUGAGCGUCUGCAGAGCUGAGGUGAUGUCGACUGUCUGUUUAUGUUCAUUUAUUAGCCGGCAUUGAGCCGCAGCUGACGCGUGUCACUGAUACACACUCGUGAUUAUGUGUUUCUGUCAGGAUAUUUGCUGCUGGAGGAUUUAGUUAGCUGUCAUUUAACAAACAGGAGCUUAAAACGUGCUAACCGCUAGCGUUAGCCUGCAUUAUUUAUUAUAAACACUCGAGAAGCUCUUUAGAUGGGGACUAUAAGCUGUUUCUUGACCUCACUGCACAGACUGUAGUGUGUCCAUCAGGUCCAGAACUCGCUUGACCAUUACGCUUGACCGUACAAGAGUGAAUUCCACCAGAUGCAUCACUCAGAAUCCACCAGCGAGAGCAGGCGGAUGUCCCACCCGUCGGUGUUCGCCGGCCGCAGGGGCAGCGGAGCCACCGUCCCGUCUGAUGACCACCAGACACCAGCGCUGAUGGCUCCUCCGGCACCAGCCGGCUCUUCGUCGCCUCACCACCCGCCCCACAGCCUCAACCUCCAGACCGUCGGGACGCAAGGCAAGAAGAAGAGCGGCUUCCAGAUCACGAGCGUCCUGCCGGCGCAGGUGUCCGCCAGCGGCAACAACAGCAUCGCGGACGACACGGAGAGCUACGACGACAUGGACGAGUCGCACACGGAGGACCUCUCCUCGUCCGACAUCCUCGACGUGUCGGUUUCCCGAGCCACGGACACGGGCGUCCCUGUGCGGAGCUCGUCGGAGGAGACGCUGAAUAGUUUGCACGGAGGCGAGACUCCCGGAGUCACGUCGCCGAACGAACCGGUGAUGCACCAGGGCUACAUGGUCAAUGGAGUCCACCAUCACAAGGCCGUUCAAGGGCGGCCCGCGGCUUUGGCGUCGACAAUCCCUUCUGUCCCUCCGGCUCCGAGUGGAUGCUCCAUCCAAGCUGAGACCGGCGGAUCCGCGAGCCACUCCGCCGCAGCCGGUCCGGACGCCGGCGCCGUACCCGUUGCGAUGCCGGCGACGGCUGCAUCCGCAGCUCCUCAGAUGAGCACAGCCUCUCGCUUCAGGGUGGUGAAGCUCGAUUCCAACUCGGAGCCGUUUCGGAAGGGCCGCUGGACUUGUACGGAGUAUUACGAAAAAGACGCGCCGGCUGGAGACGUCACGUCCGCCGUUCACAAAGCCGUGGAAAACAUCAUCCAGUCCGAACACGAGAGCACGAGCAGCUCCUCUUCUGGAAGCACCUUGAGCGGCGGAGGAGACGUCCAGCAGGCCUACCCCGCUCCGCACGCUCACCCACAAGACCUCCAGCCCGCCGCCAGCGUCCUGAUAGGUCCGGAGAGUGUCCCGGUCCGACCCUACGCGGUAGAGGCCCAGAGAGCACCUCCGGCGUCCGCCAGCCAGGGCUCGCUUCCUCCGGUGGAGUACAGCGCGAUGCCGGCAGCUCAGCCUCUUCAGAUUCCUCCCGUUCAGACUGCGGUGUCGCCCAGAGCCGCUCCGGUGCCCGUUGGGAUUCCGGGACUUCCUCCAGUGGGCGUCGCUCAGCCCGUCUCUCCGCGGCCCCAGAGCAGCGCUUUCAACCCGGAGCAGCAGCAGCACACUGGAGGCCUGCUGUCUUCAUCCGCCGCUCCGCUGAGAUCCGCGUUCCCCCCCUCGUACGUCACGGCCUCGCAGCUGGAAGACGCCCAUCGGCUGCUGCUGCAGCAUCACUCGCUGCUGUCUCUGCCGCGGCUGACCGCUGGAGGCUUCACGGGCCUCGCUGGACCCGCUGCUCCUGAUGCUGCGGCCGCGCUCGGACCAGACGGAGGCGCCGGGGCUUUCGCUGUCUCAGCUGGAGCAGAUGAGGACAGUUUGAGCUCAAUGUUCGGUCAGUCCUCUAAAUAUAUCCGCUGGUCUCCGGAGCACUCGUCCGUCUCUCCUCUAGAUCUGCCCUGUUUCUCCGUCUGUCCGGAUCAGAGUCUCUGGCGGUGGACCGGGGCGAGCGGCCUGUCUGGUUGCCAUAGUGACGCAUCUGCGGUUCAUUCCUCAGGAGCCAGUGUGGUGGCCAUAGACAACAAGAUCGAGCAAGCCAUGGACCUGGUGAAGAGUCACCUGAUGUACGCGGUGCGUGAGGAGGUGGAGGUACUGAAGGAGCAGAUCAAGGAGCUGAUGGAGAAGAACUCUCAGCUGGAGCAGGAGAACGCGCUGCUGAAGAACCUGGCCAGUCCCGAGCAGCUGGCACAGUUUCAGGCGGAGGUUCAGUCCGGCUCGCCCACCUCAGGGGUCCCGCCGGCCCUCCCACCCAACCCGGGCCCCGGAGCCAGCGCGUGACCUCCUCCGGGGACCCGACCGGGACUAUCCGAUACUGUGAACGGACUCAGCAUGAACAUUCGCCACAGUCAGACGGACGAUCUGACCUCAUCGCACAUCUUGCUGUCAAACGCCACGCGUCAGGAGCUUCACCCGCCUCAGACAAUCAGUGCCGACGGAGCCGCCAGCGUGAGCCGGAGCCGUGACGCCACUCGUGCUGUCGUUGCCACAUUCUUCUCCUGUUUUUAUGAUGGUUUCGUUACUGGUUUUAUUUUGUUUGCCUUUUAUUUUUGUGGCUGUUUAUAGCUGUAUUGAAUAAAUGAGCACUUUGUAGUCGACACAUGUGAAUAAGACCAAACGAGGGUGAAUGUGAACUUUGACCUUCAGUGUUGUGGGAAUCCGGGACUGUUUAAAGGCUCGCACGUUCGUGUGUAAAAAUAAACAUGGGUCGUGAAUCGAGUUUCACGGUGAGAACGAACACACAGACUUCCUCAUGAACGAUUAAGUUAUUUGCCUUACAGUCCAUCGCUCCGGUCAGUGACCCUUGACCUCACAGUACAUGCAUGUUUCCUUCAAACGAUGUGACGUCAUGCAGUUGCACACUGACUUUAAUAAAUGACCAUGAAAUGAACGCUGGUGUCCUGCUGCCCUCCUUCACAUGGAAACAGAUACCGCUGGUUCUCGAGCAGCUGUAGGUCAGUUAGUGUGUUAAUGUUACUGAUACUGACCUUCACGCACUGGUCAGUGGAAAGAAAACCAGAACACACAUUUAAAGUGUCCCUAUUACGCUUCUCAAAUGAAUGUAAAAGGUCUGCAAAGCUUUAAAUAUCAAAGUGCAGAUAGUUGUUGUCUCUAAUAAGAAUCGAUGUAGAAUUGGAUCUAAUUUGCAUAAUCCCCGCCUCUGGUCUUCAUUGGCUGAAGAAUGUCUCUUUGCCCCGCCCUCAAUCACUGUAGUUGUAUCUGAGACUGGAAGGGUUUGGUUCGUGUUGUUCAUGUCGAGAAGAUGCUGUUUUCUCCACUUUCAUGAGAUUGAUGCAGUGAAACUGUUACUAGAGCUGAGAUUCAGAUAUGAUAAUGAGCGUUUGGUUUCUGACCAAUCACAGCAGAGCAGCUCUCAGAAAGGCGGGGUUUAGAGAGACAGAAUCUGUGAUCGAACUGUUACAGACACUGAAAUUAAAGUGGUUUUGACUUUGGAUGCAUGUGAAUCUUUAAAAUAGCGUCAUAGGGACACUUUAAGUCAGGGGUGUCCGAUCCGGCCCGGGGAAUGAAUUGAACAAUAAUAAAAAAAAUAGAGAUGUAUGGCGCCAGUCUUAUGUAGCAUAAUUUCACAAAACUAUAGUCAGACCAUGCUGUUUUUGCUGUAAAAUUAUAUAAUCAAAUUUAAAUCAAAAACAACGGCUACAGAAUCGACAAAUUUGCUUGUAAAAAAAAUUGGACUGGCCAUGAAAAAUCAGUGCAACACUAAUAAAAUAUUAAAUAAAAGUGUAAUAAAGUCUUUGAACUGUAAAAACAAAUGCCGUUUUCAAAGAGCAGUGUCUUUUCUAGUUUUCUUGCAAAUUAAUUUGUAGUUUGUUUGGUUAAUAUUAAAUUGUAACUGUCAGCGCAUUAAUGUAAUUCGGCACAUGGUUACAUUUUCUUCCUAUCCGGCCCUCAACCUAAAUGAGUUUGACACCCCUGCUUUGUGUUUAUUUUAUUGCACUUUAUUUACAUCUGUAAAUGUCAAUCUUCAAAGGCGGUGAGUUUGAGGCAGAAAUCUCCACUUCAGCAGCUUUACACACGCCUAACUUUACAGGUUUAUUCAUAUCUAUAUUCUGAAUGUUUGUUCUUCUAUUAUUCUCCUUAUUUAUAAGUUUUUCCCCCCUAUAAACAUGGUGAAAUGUAUUUGUUUUUUGUCUGUUGACAGUAUUUUCUGAUUUACAAAGUGAUUAAAAAGUCCCUCGGGAAGAAUUAUGAA